AUGUCUGCCCCACCCGUCUUUCCUGAGAUAAAACAAAAUGGCUUAUCGGCGCAAGAUGAAAUUCGGUCUGUCCGUGUUCCUCCAUUCCGUUUUAAAUAUUUCAAAAACAAUUGGCCUGCUAUAUACGAGCCAAUUGUGAAGCAAAUGAAACUGAACAUUCGUAUGAAUCCAAAUGCACAUGUUAUCCAACUCAAAACAAACCCAGACUCGUGUAUAGAUGCUGUCCAAAAAACGUGCGACUUCAUCGAAGCCAUUUCAAAGGGGUUUGAAGCAAAAGACGCUAUUGCACUCCUCAAGAUGGAUGAGGUCUGCGUCGAUUCAUUUGAGAUCGACAACGUCAAGAGAUUACAAGGUGACCACUUGAAACGGGCAAUGGGUCGUAUUGCGGGUAAAGAUGGGAAGAUCAAAUUUUCAAUUGAGAACGCCACACACACGCGUAUCAUCAUGAUGGGACAAAAAAUCAGUGUUAUGGGGAGUCAGGCAAACGUCAAAUUUGCUCGUGAUGCCAUCCAAGAUUUGAUCCUUGGUGCGCCACCAGGGAAAGUCUACAACAACUUGAAGAAUAUUGCUUCCCGCCUUGACUCGUCAAUUUGA